CGUCAUCCUCCAUCCACAAUCCCGCUCCACUCAAACCUUCGAGUACAUCAAGCCCACAUCAAUGGACAAGCACGUAUGACAGACAAUAUACCCCACAAACUCUAUACCGGCAGAUCCGAACAUUGAAAUCUCGACCUUGGCCUGCGAGGACGUCUCUUCGGCGGCUGUCCAAAUGCCCGAGCCGGAUCCCGGGCGCAAACUGGCCAGCUCAUGAAACACCUGGGUCGGUGCUUCAGCGAACCAUCCAGCAAGUGCACAUGCGGCUGCAGACAUGUCGAGAGUGCAGUGAUCUUCCCACAAUUCAUCUUCUUCCACCCAACCACUAUUGUUAUGGUCGUCACUGCUUGACAAUCUGAGACAUCAGCUCCUCCCUAGUCGCGGUGGAUUGUGCGGCUCCGAGAAGCCACGCCACUCGGAGUUUGCUCCUGUCUCUAGUUCUCUGUCUCCCCUGAAGCCACCCCCCUCAGGCAUAAUAAACCGUUCUCUGGCCCUCUGGACUUCUGCCGACAUCCUGUUUGAGGCCUCUAACCUAGCCGGGCAGGCUCUGGACUUUCAGCACCUUCGUCAUGGCUCAUCUAUCUACCUAUGGUGCCGACUUCUCGGUGACCAAGAAGAAGGCGAUCGAGGAUGCAAAGAAGAUGCAGGUUGUGGUUGAGGACGAGUGCAACAAAGCGGAACAAGAAGUGCCCCCGUACCUGCUCAGAGAGCUGAUUGGCAAAGGUAGCUUCGGCCGGGUGUACAAGGCCACAGACCUCAAAACGAGCCAGUUGGUCGCAGUCAAGAUCAUUGACAUCGAGGAGUCCGACACCCUCAACCCGAAACUCGCCGACACCUACUCUGAGUUCCUGAAGGAGAUCAAUGCACUCAAACUGCUCAACGAGGGCGGAGCCAAGAACAUUAAUCAUGUGUUGGACGCCCUGCCCGUCGGCCAGUCCAUGUGGAUGGUCACCGAAUACUGCGCCGGAGGGAGUGUGGCCACCUUGAUGAAGCCGACAGCUCCUGGAGGUCUCCAAGAGAAGUGGAUCAUCCCGAUCCUAAGAGAAGUCGCCGAAGCCGUUCACUGGGUUCACAAAGCCGGUAUCAUACACAGAGACAUCAAGUGUGCCAAUGUGCUCAUCACUGAGGCAGGUGGUGUCCAACUCUGCGAUUUUGGCGUUUCGGGCGUGAUCGAGACAAAGUUCGACAAGCGGUCUACCUUCAUAGGAACACCACACUGGAUGGCACCGGAACUUUUCGACCCUUCGGCCUCAUACGGUGUCGAGGUGGACAUUUGGGCUUUUGGUUCGAUGGUCUUCGAAAUCGCCUCAGGCCUGCCACCCAACGUCAUGGCUGGUAUAGAUAUCACGCAGCUUGGCGGCUAUCUGAAGCAGAACACGCCGAGACUCGAAGGAAACAAAUACUCAGAAAAGCUCAAGGAUCUCGUCUCAUUCUGCCUGGUGGAAGACCCCGCGCAAAGACCUACCAUCAACGAUGUGCAGCGUCAUCCAUAUCUGCACAAUACUAGCUCCUCACACCCUACCUCAUCCCUGGCAAUGCUGGUCAGGGCUUUCAGAGUCUGGGAGUCCCAAGGCGGGAGUCGGAAAUCAUUGUUCGCCUUUGGCGGAGCCCAAGGACCGUCAGGACCAGACCUAUCAUCAACAGCCAUGUCUAAUGACGAAUGGAAUUUCAGCACAACACUCGCCUUUGACCAACGCGUCAUGAACAGCACGGAUGCCCAGGCUGUUUAUGACGUCUAUGGGUCUAAUGUGGACCUGAUGGAGGCCACGCCACAGCCGUACAGGUCGAAAAGGCGAAGGCCGCCGCCAAAUCUUCCUGUGAUGAGGGCACCGCUAGAGAAGAUAUUCGAUCCUAACACCAUAACGAGCUAUAACGAGAAUGCUCGAAAGUACUACGGGAAGCCCCCAUCACCUCCUACCGCAGACUUCACGUCAGAUCUGCCGCUAAGAGAUAGCUCGCACAACGCGACAUUGAGGGAAUCACUGAUCGACCUCGACGCCUCACUUCACGGCAGCGACCUCUCGAGGUUUGCCGAUAUGAACACGGUGAGGGCGAGUAUGCGACGAUCAAACGAGUACGAUUUCGGAGAGGAUUAUAGCAGAGCCCCGAACAGCGACCCGGAAAUAGUGCUCGCUGCAAGCAACCGGAAGACGCAAGACUGGAAAUUCCCAGCCAUGGUACCCCCAGCAUCCGCGAGCGCGGACAUGUCUCAUUUCCCCUUGAACGAGGAUCGGAAUAGCAACCCGGACUCAGCAAGCGACUGGAAAUUCCCGGCGCCUGCUGAUUACCAACCUGCCUCGGCCAGCGAGUGGAAGUUUCCUGACCCUGGCAGUCGGCCACCAUUGUUGCACCACCCCACGGAGCCAUUAGGCUCCUCGCCAAGCUACAACGAGAGCCUCCUGGUUCCCAGGGCAGCCUCGCAGAUGGAGAACCGCGCGUCGGUCAGCAGUCUAAUAGACCUGGAUGAGAGUCUCCCGGAUCCUAUCGCACCGGCAGACAUAAUACGCCCAUCAACUGCCAACUCGGACGUCGGGUCCGAGAUAGGUGGCGCCUUUGACUUGGAGAAGCAUGCGUCAUAUUAUCCUCUGCCCUCCACAAACCGCGAGCCAUCCAUCUACAUCUCGGACGAGUCGGAUUUUGCGGGGCUAGCGGGCCACCGACAGACGAGAAGCAUCAAUAUGAUGGGCGGAAUUCCGGAAGUAGACGAACGGCAGAGGCGGCACACGGGCGCUUUCAUCGACGACGCACAUCUCUACUCCGGGGACGAAUACAACGGCAGCGAGGACUACAUGAUGACGGGAUCCUCGACGGCGACCCGCUCUCAGGCCAGCUACCAGCACGGCCGAGGCCCCAGCGGGGAUUCCGACUACACCAUGACGGGGUCCACAGUCAGGACACCGUCCAUGUCGUCGUUAAACUCUGCCUACCAGAGAGACGGCAUGGCGAGUGCGAGUGAUGGCAGCCUGCUGCCACCAUUGCCGGCACCGCCUUCGGAGAGGGUGAUGAUGGGCGAGGGAGGUGAGCUCAUGAGGGAUGAGUUCCUGAAAUUGCUCGAGGGCAUGACCAGCCACCUCAGCUUCACGGGGGAGUUCGUGGGGAAUCUUCCGACCAGGAAAUCUGGGCGGGGACAAGAGACUCAAAAUGGACAGUAAGGCUGUCUCCAAGGGAAAGGUUCUGUAUGAUUAUUUUAGUGUGAUGUGAUGUGUAUGACUUUAUUUGACUUUUAUGGGCAAUGCGGAUUUGGAAUUUAGGAAACAGAGCAUGCAUGGAUACUUGAUGGAAUUUCAGGGAGGCAAGCGAGAACGUUAUGAAGGAUGUUCAGUGAUGUUGGGAUUGGCUGGUUGGUUUCAUGAGCUGUCGGAUGGAUGAGCGCUGCCUUGCUGCAAUGGCUGCAAUUGGAUUAUUUUUUUUUAUAUAUAUAUAUGAGACUAAUGACUUUGAA